GUUCAAAUAGUACCGUUAUAAGUCGAACUCGAUCCCUUCUUCUUUUACCACUUCACUUUCCCCUUUGGAGGCCGAAGAAGGAGGAGAUGAUGACCAGCGGCGGAAGCAGCAGCGGCCCAUCGGCGGACCCUUGCCACAAGCCUCGCCACCCGCUCCACCAGAUCGCCGAGAGCGCCACGCACAAGCUCCUGCUCAAGCAGUGGAUGAAGGAGGAGGAGAUCGUCGCCCGGCGCGUCGCCCUCCGUGAGUCCCGCGUCGACGCCGUACGCCGCCAGAUCGCCGCCCUGUACUGCCUGUUCUUCGUCCUCCACUCCCUCGUCCUCCUCCUCCUGUACCACGCGUCCGCCUCCGCGCGGCCCCCCUCCGCCGCUUGCCGCCGCUCCUGGAUCCCCUGCCUCUGCUCCCUCGUCUGCUCCUUGGCCAUCGUGUGGGCCGUCCGGUACAAGGCCGACACGGAGAGCGUGCUGGAGCGGCUGCUGGAGCGGGAGAGGGAGGACGGGCUGCUGCUGGCCAAGUGCGUGGAGGAGCUGAAGCGGAAGGGCGCGGAGUUCGACCUGCUCAAGGAGGUGGACGCGCUGCGGCGGGCCAAGAGCCUGCGCGUCGAGGCCAAGGGCGGCGCCGCCAAGGUGCGCAAGUGGUCGGCCAGGGAUCUCGCCACCACGGUGCUCCUCGCGCUGUCCUGCGGCGCCUUGGGCCUCACGAGGUUCGUGCUCUGUGAUCAAGAACCUCGAUCAUGAUGGAAUCAGGGCUUCUGUUCUUGAUAGGAGAAUUAUUUUGGUUGAUGCAGCAGAAUGAUGCUUGUUCUGCUGUUCUCGUUCUCGUUCUUGUUUUGUGCCCAAUAAGAUUGUUGUGCAAAUAUUAAGUCUUUGAAAAGAAGACCUUUUUAUUCUUCCUCUCCAAA